AAUGGCGAUUUUUACAAUUUUCAACAACAUACGUAGUUCGCAAUAAAUUUUUGCACAACUUAAAGCCUCAUUUCUUUUUCUUGCUAUGAGCCGUUUGCCGGCCCUCGGUGGCUCGUUGCGGUCGAUAGCAAAUGCGUAUGACGAGGACGAUGUAUCUGACGAAGAAUUGGAACUUUCGAAAGCCAAGAAACGCAAACUUUCGACAGAGGAAGGAGAGAAAAGCGAGGCGAAAACGGGCGAUUCUGACUAUGAUAUCGUUGUAAGCGAUGAGGAGGGAAAUUCCUCCGGUGCUGGGUCAGUUAAGAAUUCAGUGGUUGUUAGCCAACCGAGAGUCGCUAAAGCUUCUCGGUUGGUUUCGUAUGCUGGAGAUGAGGAUGAGGAAGAGAGUACCGGUAAAGCCAAGGAGAGUGAGGUUCUUGAAGUUACAACAGAGGCAGGUACAUCAUCUGAGGCACCACAGCAACAAGAAAGUGGAGAAACUGCUGAAACAAGUGCGGGAGAACCGUCAACAAGUACGGAAAAUCGAGCUGUGCUUGACAUACCACGUUUGCAAAACCAACUAGAAGAGAAUGAGAAAAAGAAGGGCAUGAUGCCGAAAGAGUUGCUUGAUCAUUUGGCUGCUGUUGAAAGCAUUCAAGUCACCCUCCCUGUUGAACCAGAUGGACGCUGCUCAAAUUCCUUACAGGAAAAAAUCGAAAACCUUCUUGAGAAUAAGAAAAGAACAGGUUGCGAUCUGAAACUCACAAUUCAGAGAAAGAAAAACUUCCGCAAUCCAAGUAUAUAUGAAAAACUAAUUUCAUUUUGUGGUAUAAAUGAAAUUGGAACAAACUAUCCUUCAGAAAUAUACGACCCAUUCUCGUGGGGCGAGGAUUCUUUUUACGAACGACUUUCGAAAAUUCAAAAAGAACAUCACGAAAGAAAGCAAAAAGAAAGAUCAAAGGUGGAAUUUGUGUCGGCGACGAGACGAAACGCGACAAACGCCGGUGCCAGUACUUCAGCUGGGGCAUCAACGAGCACCUCAACAGCUGAUGAUGCUUCACGAAGGAGAAGAUCCAAGUGGGAUGUGACCAGCUCAGGAACAGCAGCUCAAACCAUCCCUCAAAGCGCCUUACAAGGAAUCGCGUCCGUCCAGGCUGCUGUUGCGGCUGCUAGUAGUAAACUUUUAGCGGUUCAGAAACCUUAGCCGUGUCACUGUUGCUCCACAUGAUCUAUUUAGAUCAGAGCAGAAAAAUUAGGUCGACUAUGUAACGUAAAAUGUUCAAAGUUUUAAAACUUGAGGGAUCAACAGCUUCACAUAAUCUGUCGUGUAUUU